AUGGCUGUCGGCGUCCUCUCUGGCCGGCACGCUGCCGACGAAGAGGCUCGCGCCGAGGUCGAUGUCCUCAACUCGCGCCUCGAGAAGACGGCGCAGCUGACCAAGAAAAUCCAAGCGUGCCUCGGAAGGCUCGAGGCCACAGGCAAAAGCGUUCGUGAUGUCGCUGGUCCGCUCAGCGGCGAAACUAAAAAGCUGCAAAUACUCGGAAACAACAUCGAUGCCGUUCUUGCCGCCAUAGAACGCUUGCGUCAGCCUGCCGACAGCAAGAAUGACGAAGAACAAAUUAUCCGGAUGGGCCCUGAAAAGGCCGGGUUGCCGAACUACUUGGCAUCCUUGAAGCGCCUGAACAAGGCUCUCAACGAGAUGAAAGCGACAAACCUCCGCUCUACCCAGCAAACCGUCCAAGACCUCCAACGCUUGGUCAAGGUUGGAAACUCUCAACUUGAGAGCGCCUUUGAUAAACUGUUACGGAAUGAGACGCCGCGGUCGAUCGAGCCAUUGCAUUUUAUCACAAAAAACAAGCCAUUCCCGGUGCUGUCACAAGAUAAGUUUGCCCGCUUGGGCCUGAUCAACUCAUACGUUGCCGGUGUUCAUAAGCAAAGCGGAGGUUCGAGCGCCCCGCAAGAUUCACCCAUUGCGAAGAUAUACAUUGAAAUUCGCUCUCAGUAUCUCUCUUCUGCGCUGGUCAACCUGGCGGCUGCGAGCACCAAUACGGCUAAGAAGAAAACGCCAGACGCAAUAUAUAAGGCCGGAACCAACGGGAUAGGGACGUAUGCACAAGCGAUGGAAGGCCUCUUCUCUGCCGAGUAUGACAACAUCUGCAACAUUUUCACAAGAGAAGAUUGGGGGCCUGUUUUUGAGGCAACAUGUCAGCCGUCGCUCAUGGAACUUGGGCGAACGCUGCGCGAGCUGAACAACCAUAUCAAAGCGCAUCUGACAACGGACUGUUACCUCGCUUACGAGAUUGUCGAGAUCAUCUCGUCACUGUCAAACAGCUUGGAGAGGAGAACGGGCGAGCUCAAAAACUCACUCGCCGCCUCGCUGAAACCAGUCCGAGAAACCGCUAAAUCCUCACUCGGCGAGCUCCUCGAGGACACGAAAAGAAGGGUCAACAGUCUGACAACACUUCCUGUCGAUGGCGCUGCAGUCUCAAUCGUCUCAGAGACGAUGCAACGCUUACAGACUAUGGUCGAAUUCCUCAGGCCCCUGUCCAGCAUUAUGAUAUCACUUGGUGACGGCGGCUGGAAGUCGAGUUCGGCAUCUCGGGGAGGAGCUGCGGAUAACAUUCCGAGUCUAGCCUCCUUCGAGAUAGGAGCCGAUGGCAAAGAGAUCUUUGCCCACUACUGCGCUGAUACCAUCGAAGCGCUCCUGAUGGCGCUCGACGGCCGUGCCAGGAUGCUCCUCCAGAAGAAGCCCGUCAUGGGUGUGUUCCUUGCCAAUAGUGUCGCCAUUAUUGAGCGCAUGAUACAGAACUCCGAUCUGGCAUCUCUUCUAGAAUCCCGGCUCAGCGUGCUGGAUGUUUGGCGCAAGAAGGCUACCAGUCUCUACACCGAGAGCUGCAAGGACGUCAGCGUCCACCUCUUCGACGUGAUCCAUACAAGUCGUGGCGGGGCAAGCAGCGCUGCACAGCGGCCCACGUCCGGGCAAGGCAGUCUGGCAGCAGUAGAUUCAGCAUCCAUCCUGCGCGGCCUCAGUUCCAAGGACAAGGAGAACAUCAAGUCCAAAUUUGUCGCUUUCAACGCCAGCUUCGACGAAAUGGUUGCUCGUCACAAGAGCUACGCCAUGGAGCGUGAGGUCCGCCAGCUAUUUGCCAAAGACAUCCAAAACAUGAUCGAGCCUCUGUACAACCGCUUCUGGGACCGUUAUCAUGAGGUGGACAAGGGCAAGGGCAAGUAUGUCAAGUAUGACAAAUCCGCGAUUGCUGCCGUCUUCCAGACCCUUUACUAG